GAUUUGGUGGGCUCUCAUCAGUCUGCUUCCACGGUUCGCAACGAGCGGGAGUUAAGAGCGCGUUUUAGCGGGUUUGAUUUGUAUUUUGUUUAAUUUUUUUUUGAAGUGAUCCUUUUUAACCUUUGCUUCGAUCAAUUGACCGAUUGUCUCAAUUCACAAGAGAUUGUAGCUCCCGGCGGGGAAAAAAAAAACACAAUUCGUAGUGUAGUGUUUUCAAGUGGAGUGAUCUCUAAACUGAGACGCGCGCGCAGAUCGUCAGUGUUCAGUCCAAUGACCGGCGGAAAUUAGUGAACUUUAACAGAAACGUGCAUAAUAAUGGCAAGAGUGGCCAAUUCAGUGCAACUUUUGCUUGUCUUGUUGGCGGCUUGCUGCUUCCACAGUAGCAUAGCGGGGCCAAAAAGACAGCAACAGGGAUGGAGAGAUGGGAACGGGUUCAAGCGUGACGGGAAUCGGUACAGUUCUGAUGCAGAGGGCACCGAGGGAACCUGUGGCUAUGAGUCAUGCACGAAAAGCGAGAAAAAUAUGCUGAACAUCCAUCUGGUAGCACACACCCACGAUGACGUCGGCUGGCUGAAGACCGUCGAUCAGUACUACUAUGGAAGCAAAACCCUCAUCCAAAAGGCGGGUGUUCAGUACAUCAUCGACUCCGUGAUCGAGUCACUGCUGAGGAACCCCGAUCGCAAAUUCAUCUACGUUGAGUCGGCCUUUUUCUUCAAAUGGUGGAAAGAGCAAACGCCAGAGCUGCAGGAGCAGGUCAAAGAGCUGGUCAACCAGGGUCGGCUCGAGUUUAUCGGUGGAGCGUGGAGCAUGAACGACGAGGCUGCCACCCACUACCAAUCGAUCGUCGAUCAGUUCACGUGGGGAUUGCGCCUGUUGAAUGAUACCUUCGGCGAGUGUGGUCGACCCAAGAUCGGAUGGCAGAUCGAUCCGUUCGGACAUUCCCGGGAGCAGGCAUCGAUUUUCACCCAGAUGGGAUUCGAUGGGCUGUUUUUCGGUCGGCUUGAUUACGAAGACAAGAAGCUACGAAUGGAGAAGCAAACCGCGGAAAUGAUCUGGAAGUCGAGUGCGAAUUUGCAGGAGAGCGAUCUGUUCACUGGGGUGUUGUACAAUCUGUAUCAAGCACCCCCGGGAUUCUGUUUCGACAUCCUCUGCUCGGACGAACCGUUUAUUGAUAGUCCCCUGAGCGCGGAAAAUAAUGUCGAUGAUAAGGUCGAUAAAUUCCUAUUCUAUAUAGACCAGCAGGCGAAGCAUUACAGGACAAACAACAUCCUACUGACCAUGGGUGGGGAUUUUACCUUCAUGGACGCUAACGUUUACUUCAAGAACUUGGACAAAUUGAUCAGAUACACAAACGCUCGGCAAGCGAAUGGCUCUAACGUCAACGUGUUUUACUCAACACCAUCCUGUUAUCUGAAGGCACUUCACGAAGCGGACAUCACAUGGCCAACGAAGUCGGAUGAUUUCUUCCCAUACGCCUCGGACAACCAUUCAUACUGGACCGGCUACUUCACGUCACGACCAACGGUGAAGCGCUUCGAACGCGUAGGCAACCAUUUCUUGCAGGUCUGCAAACAACUCUCUGCCCUAGCGCCCGUCAAAGAGAACCAUUUCAAUCCCCAUCUGAAUCUCCUGCGAGACGCUAUGGGUGUUAUGCAGCAUCAUGAUGCCAUAACCGGAACGCAGAAGCAGCAUGUAGCGAACGACUACGAUCGGAUGCUCCACCGGGCGAUCAAAGCAUGCGGAGCGAAUACCCUGGUCGUCCUCAACCAAAUUGUCGACCCUGGGCAAACGAAAGCUCACCCCAGAAAGCUGGCGCAUGGAAUUAAACGCGAUUUCACCUUUGAGUUCGACACGUGUCAUCUACUCAACAUCAGCAAGUGCGAACUUACCGAGUCUAAAGACAGCUUCAUGGUGACCCUGUACAAUCCGCUGGCCCAUUCCGGAUAUCAAUACGUCCGUCUACCGGUGACGGGCAACAAAUACAUCGUCAAGGACUAUCGAGGCAUCGAAAUUACCUCUCAGUUGGUACCCAUUCCCGGUACCUUGCAAAAUCUGAACUUCCGCUUCAGCAAUGCUAGCCACGAGCUGGUCUUCCUGGCCAGCGAAUUGCCACCGCUGGGUUACAAGUCGUUCUUCGUCACGCGGGUGAUCGAAACCGUAGACGAUAUGAUCCAUGAGCCUUCCGUUAUCAUGCAAGCUGACGAACCUCAACACCAGUGGCACUCGGAAGAGGUCACGAUAGGAAACAAAUACCUCAACAUCAGCUUCGACAGCAACGGUUUCCUCAGCACAAUCGACGCGAACGGGAUCAGCAGUCGGCUGCGGCAAACUUUCGUCUACUACCAGGGUGCGAUCGGGAACAAUUACGAAGCCAGAAAUCGUUCCUCUGGGGCUUAUAUCUUCCGUCCGAACGGAACUGAGAAACACGUGGCAGACACCGUGCAGCUGCAUGUUGUGAAGGGGGAUGUUGUCCAGGAAGUGCACCAAGUGUUCAAUGAUUGGAUCAGUCAAGUUAUUCGCGUCUAUGCGGACGAGAAUCAUGUCGAGCUUGAAUGGUUGGUGGGAUCCAUUCCGGUGGAGGACGGAGUGGGCAAAGAAAUUGUAUCGAGGUUCUAUACAGCCGCUCAGUCGGAUGGUAUUUUCUGGACCGAUUCCAACGGUCGAGAGAUGAUCAAGAGGGUGCGCAAUCAUCGUGACACCUGGGAGCUUCACCUGGAGGAACCGAUCGCUGGAAACUACUACCCAGUGACGACUAAGAUCGCGCUCGAGGAUGAGAAAAUGCGUUUGGCGGUUUUGAACGAUCGAGCACAGGGAGGAGCCAGUUUGGAGGAUGGCUCACUGGAACUGAUGGUUCAUCGCAGACUGCUACAUGAUGAUUCGUUCGGUGUCGACGAAGCUUUGGAUGAGCGUGCGUACGGAAAAGGACUCGUUGCUAGGGGAAAACACUAUAUAAUGUUCGGAUCGAAGGCAACUAGCAACCCGACUCUGGAAGCAAGAGAACGGUUCCUUCAGAACCAAAUUCUGCUUCCCAAUUGGGUGUUCCUCAGCGAUACCACCGACGUCAAAUACGAAGAGUGGCAGAAGCGCUUCAACAAUAUCUACUCGGCCCUUUCCUUGUCCCUCCCACUGAACGUGAACCUAAUGUCAUUCGAACCAUGGAAGGAAAACAGCAUCCUGGUGCGCUUCGAGCACCUGCUGGAGAAGGACGAGGACCCAACCUACUCGAAGCCGGUGAAAUUCAACCUACAGGACAUCUUCCGCUCGUUCAGCAUUGAGGAAGUUCACGAAACCACCCUGGCCGGUAACCAGUGGAAGGAGGAAAACACACGCCUGAAGUUCAAACCGGAUCCCGAGUAUCUGCAGCACCCUUCGGCGGAGUACCCGAAGCACUCGAAUGUUGUGUCGGGUCCCGCUGAUACGGUGGAAAGUCUUCGUAAUGUGAACAAUGAUGGGUACGAGAUUGAGUUGGCUCCGAUGCAGAUCAGGACCUUCGUGAUGGAGUUGGAGUAUAGGCCAUAGGACUGAUGCACAACCGGCAUCGGUUGAGAAUUUAGUAUGUAAAUGAAAUAAAAUUUAAAAAACUGA